AUGGUUGAGAGGCCAGCCAUUGCUAUCGCCGGCCUUGCGUGCGAAACUUCGAUAUUCACGCCGUCCAGGACUCUUGCGCCUGCUUUCCACGCCAAACGCGGCCCUGAAAUCAUUGAGAAAUAUCCCUUUCUCCAGAGUGAAAGCGUCCUUGGAAAGAUCGCGGACUUCCACGGAGCUUUGAUUGGUCAUGCGCUACCAGGAGGGAUUGUGACGCGGGCCUCUUUUGAGGAACUGGCCGAUGAGAUUAUAGAGCGUCUGAAGGUGAUUGUGUCGUCGACAAUCAUCCAUGGACUCUGGUACGAUAUCCACGGCGCCAUGUGCGUCGAGGGCCUUGAUGAUUCUGAAGCAGAGCUCCUUCGGCGCAUCCGACGACUUCUUGGUCCUACCGUGGUUGUGUCGGCGUCGAUGGACUUGCAUGGCAAUGUGAGCCGCGAACUCGUGCACGAGGCAGAUCUCAUCACCUGUUACCGCACGGCACCACACAUCGACGUGCGUGAGACCAAGGAGAGAGCGUGUCGUAACCUGGUCGAGCUACUCACAAAGGCUCACGCAGGCAGAAGGGCAGAUAGCAGUCCUGUGCGACCACUCAAAGCAUGGAUCCCAAUUCCAGUCCUUCUCCCAGGAGAGCAGACUUCGACUCGUAUCGAGCCCGCAAAGCACAUCUAUAGUACAGUUCCUGCCGUCGAGUCAAACACGGGGGUUGUUGAUGCAGCAGUCUGGGUCGGCUAUCCAUGGGCUGACGAACCGCGAAACCGAGCAGUUGUCGUGGUGACAGGCUGGGAUGAAGACGUGAUCACGCUUGGAGCAGAACAACUUGCACGGGUGUUUUGGGAUGCGCACGACGACUUUGACUUUGUUGGCCCAACAGGUGCCUUUGACGAAUGCAUCGACGAGGCUGUAGCAUCCAAGAAGCAUCCUUUCUUCAUCAGCGAUUCGGGAGACAACCCAACUGCCGGUGGAAGCGGCGAUAUGACCUGGGGCUUGAUGCACCUGCUGGCUCGUCCAGAGUUCAAACAAUCUUCGGGUCCAACGGUCAUCUAUGCCAGUGUCCCAGGCUCCAAAGCAGUCCAUGCGUGUGUCGAUGCAGGUAUAGGAGCAACUGUCACGGUGACCGCCGGCGCUGAGGUCGACCAUAUCCAUUCGGGCCCGAUCACCAUGACAGGCCAAGUACAUGCCAUCAAACACGGCGACAGAGAUGCUCGUAUCGAGGUUGUGCUACGAGUGGGCAGCGUCUUCGCCAUCCUCACCGAACUCCGCAAGCCUUACCAUCACGAGCAUGACUUUACGGAUCUCGACCUCAAGCCUCGAGAAGCAGAUAUUGUCAUUGUCAAGAUCGGGUAUUUGGAGCCCGAAUUGCACGACAUGGCUGCCGACUGGCGAUUGGCUCUUUCGCCUGGUGGUGUUGAUCAGGAUCUGAAACGACUUGGACAUUCCCGUAUCAAUAGACCCAUGUAUCCUUUCGACAAGUUUGACAAAGCUCCUCUCCUCUCAGCCCGCAUCAUUCCACCAUCUCACGAUCCUCUUUGCGGACCAGAUGAAUGA